AUGUCGGCCGCGAAGAUCGUGGCUUUGCUACUUGUGAUUGCUUUGGUUUUCACCACCACUGUCUUCGCCGAUGACUCGGAGAUUGGUGACUCCGCCGGAUCCGACGGCUCCUCUAAGAUCCAACUGGAUCAGCUUCACGCCAAGAUCCGUGCCCUAGAAUCGCAAAUCGAUGAGAAAAGCCGCGAGGUUAAGGGCAAAGACGAGUUAGUCGCAGAGAAGGUGAGACUGCUUCAACAGAAGGAAGACAAGAUUGCUUCUUUGCAAACUGAAGUCUCAUCACUACAAAAAAAAGAAUCAUCAGAUUCUGAAAAACAGUUGGAGAAGGCUCAAUCACGAGCUGUUGAAUUAGAGAAGCAGGUAGAUGUACUCAGGAAAUUCUUGGAGCAAAAGAACAAGGAGAAAGAUUCCACAGAAGCUCGGACUCAUGAAGUUGAAAAAAAACUAAGCGAACUAAACUCAAGCCUAGACAAACUUCACAAGACAAAUGAGGAGCAGAAGAACAAAAUAGGCAAACUUGAACGUGCUAUUAAGAUAGCUGAGGAAGAAAUGUUGAGGACAAAGCUUGAAGCAACCUCAAAGGCUAAGGAACUCCUCGAGGCUCAUGGUUCGUGGCUUCCUCCUUGGCUUCUCGUUCACUGGAUUAAUUUCCAUACAUAUACCGGGAGACAUUGGGAGGCUCACGGGAAGCCUGCUCUGGACACAGUAAUUCUUAAGGUGAGUGAAGCAAAGACUCACGCUGAGAAAUGGGCUGGACCACAUGUGGAAAACGUUAAAACUAAGUAUAUUCCAGCCGUCAAGGAAACUGUAACUACACAUGUUCAGCCACACUUCCGAACACUAUCCAUCAAAGCAAAAGAAGGUUACCAUGCAUCCAAGAGUGCUGUUUCUCCUCACAUUGUUACUGUUCAAGAACUUGUAGACCCAUAUUAUCAGGAUGCUAAAAAGUUUACCAAGCCAUAUGUUGACCAAGUGGCAACGGCCGCAAAACCACAUGUUGAUAAUAUUAAGGUUGCGAUGAAGCCUUACACAACCAAGGUGAUCAUCGUCUACACGGAGUUCCUUGAAUCCGCCACGACUUAUCACAGUCAGGUCCAAAGCCAUGUGGAACAAAAACUAAAGAGCCAUGAGCUGACGGAGGCUUUUGCUACCAAGGAGUUUGUUUGGUUUGCGGCAUCGGCGUUGUUGGCGUUGCCCAUCUUCUUUGCAUACAGAGUGCUCUCUUCCCUCUUCUGCACAAAGACAAAGAAAGCUGUUAAACAGCCUCAUCACCAUGGUCGUCGUAAGACCAAAAGGGGUCACACUGACAAGUGA